CACCUCCGCCCGCACCGAACAUUCAAGCCAGAAUAUCCAACCAAGUAACGUUGCACGCGCAACCAGUGUAUUACCUAAUUAAAAACGAAAGAAAAAUCCACAUCGCAACCAUGUCUGAAGCCUUCUUCGACGAGUACGACCACUACAACUUCGAGCAAGACAAACACAUCUUCUCUGGACACAGCGGCAAGCAGCGAUCGAAGCGCGAGGUGAGCGAGCAUCAGAACCACUUCGACCCGUCCGGUCAUUCUAGAAAGAUCGUUACAAAGCUAGCGAACACAGAGAAAAACAAGAAGGCCGGCAAGCACUGAAAAUUCCGGAUCAAAAAACGACUUUUGGCUUGGAAUUGGGACGUCGAUAUGCAGAACGAAUGGAGAACGUUAAGGCGGAUACCCGAGGAGAGUUCGGGUAGGCCUCGUCGAGAUCAGUGGAGCAUCCUUGGCGCUUCCUGCUCAUGCAGGGGUGCUACUUCGCCAGCAGCAGCGAGCGAAGUCAUCGGACGUGCCGGGCCCAGGGCCCAAGGCCACCGGUAAAUCUAUUUUGGACACACCACCGUUUCCAGAUCUGAUCUCAAACUAAAACCGAGCUUGUUAUAGAGCUCAUCUUGCUGUGUUAUUAAUUCCUAGUUAGUUUAUUACUUUUAAUUUUGUGUUUUCUCCCUGUAUAUGUUUGGGGUAGGAUGCUCAAAGGACUGUAAUAAUAAUUUAAGGUUUAAUAAAGAGUUAAUUUACGAUUA